UCUUCUUCUUCUUCUGCAUCCUCCUCCUCCUCCUCCUCCUCCUCUGCCCGGCCAUGGGCUACUUGGGGUUCCUGUCCGCACUCCGUGCCCGCGUCCGGCUGCGCAGCCUCCUCCUCCGGCAGUGCCUGGCCGAAGCGCUCGGGGUCUUCAUCCUCAUCGUGAUCACCUUGAGUGGGGCGGCGCAGUCGACCACCAGCGCGGGCGCCAAGGGCGGCUACUUCAGCUCGGCCUUCUCCGGCGGCAUCGCCGUCAUGGUGGCCAUCCACAUCUCGGGGGGCGUCUCAGGGGGGCACCUGAACCCGGCCUUCUCGCUGGCCAUGUGCCUUUUGGCCCAGUGCCCUUGGUGGAAGCUGCCCGUCUUCUCCGUCGUCCAGACUGCGAGCGCCUUCUUGGGGGCGGGCACCGUCUACGUCCUCUACUACGAUGCCAUCCAUCACUACAGCAACGGGACCCUGGCGGUGACCGGACCCCGCGAAACGGCCUCCAUCUUUGCCACGUACCCGGCUCCUUACCUGUCACUCUGGAACGGCUUCUUCGACCAGGUUCUGGGCACGGCGGUGCUGGUGGUGAGCAUCCUGGCGCUGAUUGACCCGCGCAACCGGCGCAUCCCUCCCGGCCUGGAGCCCCUGGGGGUGGCGCUGCUGGUGGUCUCGCUGGGCCUGGCCCUGGGCGCCAACUGCAGCUGCGCCAUCAACCCCGCCCGGGACCUGGGACCACGGCUCUUCACCUUCCUGGCCGGGUGGGGCCCCCAGGUCUUCAGUGCCGGGCAGGGCUGGUGGUGGGUGCCGGUGGUGGCCCCCAUGUUGGGCUCGGCGCUGGGCACGGCUACCUACCAGUUUGGGGUGGCCUUCCAUCACCCCUUGAGCCCCGAGGAAGAGGAGGAAGAGGAAGAGGAGGUGCGCCAGGCCAAGGGGAGCCCCCCGGAAAAGGAGCUGGAGAUGCCCAUUUUCGUGGUCAACACCUUUGCGGAGAAGAGCCUGGACGCGGCGAACGGGACCAGCGAGGAGGGCAAGCGCGUGGGCAGAAGGGCCCCUUCCACCCAGAAAUAGAGGCCCCCCCCACCCCCACUCUUGAGCGGAGCCAAUGUUACGGACACUGACGGGCACAGAGGAGGCAGAUGCUCCCAGAGGAGGCUACGGGCCUUGGGAAACUAGAUCUCCCAGGACCUCGUAACAUUGAGUUUAAGCAGUGCCACACUUGCAUUCUUUCCACCAUGUGUUGUAGAUGCACCCAGAGGAGGCUACGGGCCUUGGGAAACUAUAUCUCCCAAGACCCCAUAAUGUGGAGCCACGGCAGGUGGAGUGCCACUGGCUCUCUCUGGG